AUGGGCAGCACUUCUCACUUUACAAACAACGUUCUUAUAAAUGACUCUACGCUUUAUCCUCACGAUAUUCCGAAGAGCGCUAUGCACGACGCGUUGUCUUACGACUCUGAGCCGCCCAGUGAUCCCAAUGUAGGAGCGACUGUUCCACACCCAUUUGAUAAUUUUGCGCUAUCGCAAACACCCACCCUUAAUAUCUCUACCGAUUUUUCCGAAAAAAUAGAAUUCUCGCCGACAUCAACUGUUCCUUCGGCGACUUUUUAUUCUAGUUCCCCCCUAGACCUUUCUACGGCCUGUGCGACUAGGGAAGAUAUGCCAAUUAGCACAGAACUGGAACCGGAAAAUUUUUCGACACAUCCUCAGUGGGAGAACAUGGCGCUUCGUCUUGCCUGCGCCAACUACGUCUAUUUUGUAUGUGGGUGGGGGGAUGGACUCACUGGAACCGUUCUUCCAUAUUUUGAAGCCGAGUUUCAUUUGAGUUAUAUGACCUCAUCCCUUCUAUUUGCUGGAAGCACAACAGGAUUCGCGAUUGGCACACUCCUCGUUGAGCGAAUUGUGAAGUGUCUAGCUCGUUUCGAUAUAUCUUCCGGACCUAAGGCAUAUAUACCCACCUUCCUUUCCUUCUCCUCUCUCCCCUCACCUGGGCCCAAAAAUACCCCCGUUGUGGUUUACUCAAACUCCAAAUCUAGAUUCAUUGCUCUGUUUCUCUCUAGCGUACUCCAUGCCUGUUUUUUCGUCAUCAUGGGGACUGCGCGCAACUUCCCAACCUUGUUCAUUGCAUACGUAGUCGCAGCAUUUGCUCGCGCUUUUCUGACCGCUUCCUUAAACGCGUAUGUUUCAUUGACGCCGAAGAAAACCACAGGAAUUAUAUUUGGUUGUUGGAGUGUUGGCUCUUUCGCAAGCCCUCUUGUUUGCCAGACUAUCAUAGCGAAAGGCGUCCCAUGGCAAAAUUUUUACCUCGGUUCUCUCGUCUUGUCUGCGAUCAACACGUCAUUUAUAGCUUACUCUUUUCGUCCUACGCACAAUGAGUACCUAGCCGAGCGUAAGGCAGCGCUGGAGUCACAGAAGCCUGCGAGCGCUACUCCAGUUAAUCAGUGCCAGCUAUCGUCCGCUACCUGCCCCGCCGCCACAGUCCCCGUGCAAAGUGGACACACCCUUAAACGUGCUCUUUGCAUGCCAUAUCAAUGGGCGUUCUCAUUCAUGUCUUGGAUGUAUAAUGGCAGUGAAACCACAAUGCAAGGAUUCAUUGUCACAUACCUGUCGGUCACUCGUAAUGCCAACCCAAACACGGUUGGUUAUGUGAGUAGUGGCUUCUGGGGUGGGAUGGCUAUCAGCCGACUCACAUGGGGAUACAUUACUCCAAUCACGACAUACACACAACGCAAAUAUAUCAUUCAUGGGUGCAUAGCACUCGCUCUUUGCAUGCACCUUUUAAUCUGGUUUAUCCACUCGGACAUAGCAAACUCUCUCUCAGCAGCCGUCGUAGGUCUCUGCUACGGCCCCAUCUUCCCCAGCACACUCGACCUGGCGAAUGGAGUGUUGCCAGAGGACGUGCACAUGGUAUCCAUGGCCAUCAUUUCAUCUUUUGCCAGCUUCGGAAGUUCCCUCUUUCCAUUUAUCACCGGGCUCCUUUCAAAUAUAUUCGGCGUACAGGUUCUGACAUAUGUCACUGUUGCGCAGACAGCGACAAUGUUCUUGCUACGUGUGCGUACACGUAUCUUCAUGAGUAAAAAUAUCUCAGAAUUUUUGCACUGUGGUAAUUAUAAGCUUAAGCUUAAGGCCUUCAGAAGAGUCGAGGACUUUCGAGCUCUCCAAUGUACAGUUGAUCCCAAGACACCCCCCACAAAGUCAUUGUCAAUUUUGCCAGGCACAGAUCCCGUCGCCCGCUAUACUACGCAGAGUGAUUACCGUACGGGAGACCUUAACUUGUCUCGCACCGCUGUUCUCCGUGACUUGAAGAAGGUCCUCAAGCUUCCAUUCAAUCGUCUCAAAGCAAGCGUUCCUCAAGAAGAAGUCGCUCGAGUACGUGCAAAUUUGGAGGGAGGCGGAAUUAUCACUCGAAAUGGAGUUGUUAUCGAUGGAGUAGCAGCUAAACAAUGGAAGGGCUUCGACAUUGAACCCGCCAAGUCUAAAGAGCUCGAAGAAGUCGUAUUUCGUCCUCUAGGUGAUAUCAUCAAUGGGAUCUUGAGGGAAACUUCGAAUCAUGUAGUACGCAUUCACAACAACGGAUAUAUCACGCCAAACUCAAAUCGAAAAAAUACCUCCCGUCCCGAUGGGUACCUUAGGUUAACCAAAACAAAAAUAGCCAAGCUGCCCGUGGAGGACAAGGUCCACUGGUUUGACAUUGCUGUACCCGCCGAGUUCAAGAAGAGAUUAGAUCCAGGGGACAUCAGGGAUAACGAACAGAAGUUAAUUUGGAGCCUCCAUAACAUAAUGCGAGAGGACCCGUGUCGUCGUUUUGCAUAUGGCAUCACGAUUGAGAACACGAACCUGAGACUGUGGUUGAGCAAUCGUGCUUUCCUUGCGGUUACUGAGCCUAUCAACUUCCUCAGUGACUUCGACAACGUCAUCUCCCUCUUUUACUUAUUUGGAUCCAUCACUGACGUGGGUCUCGGAUGGGAUCCCACUAUUGAGCGCAUCUCGAUCCAGGAUGAAACCCAUUACAGGUUCUCUCUUCAUCACAAGGAUCGGCUUAUGACGUUUACCACGAUACGGCCAAUAGCGACUUAUGGCGCUGACUCUAUGGUUGGCCGUGGAACUCGCGUAUAUGAGGCACGCGAUGACGAUACUGGAAAGACGGGCGCCAUAUUAGAGCAGAUUCUGCUGGCUAUUCGGGAAAAGUUUGGACGUGAAGCAGCAGAAGCGGAGAAACAUUUCUUGAAAGUUCUGGCCUACGAAGAUGUUUUAAUUGGUGAUAUCUGUGAUUUAACCUUCGACCCCACGGAGGGUGGGGCCAGCUGCACUUUUCAGUGGUUGACCAUUGAUAGCAGCAUGGCCCUCUCCUCACAGCGGCAUUCGCCCAGCGACGGACAUAUACCAGAUAGCGCCAGGCCCAUAUUACGUGUCCCUGCGCUAAAUGAUGAUAGUUUCAUGCCGCGCAGAAUUCACUCUCUCACCGUCUUUGAGGAUGUGGGUGUUGCCCUUAAGGAUACGACCAGCCUAGCAAAUAUCAUCUGUUGUUUAAAGGACGCGCUUAAAGAAUCAGCCCUAUAUUACAUGCAUAAAGUGGGCUGGGUGCAUCGUGAUGUCAGCGUUGGAAAUGUAUUAUGGAUCAUCGAUCAGGGCACUGACAAACUUGCCGAUUUCGAAUAUGCAAAAUGUAUUCAUUCUAAUAAGUCUCAUGAUGUGCGAACGGGCACUCCCCAUUUCAUGGUGGUGGAAGUAGACGCUAAGGGAUACCUGUUUUCAACGGACGAGGGCGAAGAACCUCCUUUUCAGAUGAAUGGGUUGCAUGACAUGGAAUCUAUCUUCUCCAAGUUGCCUAUAAUCACCUUGUAUUCUGGUCAGAUAGACCUAGGCAAGCAGGACUGCACACAGACAGUAUUCCAAGAUAUUCCCAUUAGAAUGUAG